UUGUAAAGUGACAGACUUCGGAAUGGCCAGAGAUGUGCAGCAGGAAAAUAUUUAUGAACGAAAGACUAAGGGCCGUCUUCCAGUGAAGUGGACAGCUUAUGAGGCCUUGAUGUAUGGUAAAUAUACCACCAAAAGUGAUGUAUGGAGUUAUGGAGUUUUGCUGUACGAGAUUUUUACCAUAGGUGGUUCACCUUACCCACGAAUGGAUGGCAGAAAAAUUGCAAACUUACUUCAGGAUGGAUACAGGAUGCCUAAACCACAACACGUCGAUGAAGAAUUGUAUCAGAUUAUGAUGAAAUGCUGGAAGAAUGACCCAGAUGCAAGACCAACUUUUACUGAAUUGAAAAAUCAGCUUAAGGACAUGGAAACCCUACACAAGAAGCUGAUCAACAUGACUAUGUACGACAAGCAGUUGUAUGCAAACGUCGAGGAUUUAAUAGUGUAG